GAUGACUCCGGCCCUGAGCUUGGUGGUACCAUGGCGGCCACGGGCAUUCGGGCCGAGCUGGAUGCUCUGCUUCUACAGCUUCUCGGGGACCUGGAGGAACUAGAGGCGAAGCGGGCAGCGCUAAACGCCCGGGUCGAGGAGGGCUGGCUGUCCCUCUCCAAAGCUCGCUACGCCAUGGGCAACAAGGCGGUAGGGCCUCUGCAGUAUGCCUCCCGCAUGCAGCCUCAGGUCCGCUUGUGCACCAGUGAGGCCCAAGAAGGAAUCCAGAAGUUGUGGGUGGUGAGAGCCGGCCGCCAGACCCCAGAGGAGGUGGGGCCCCGGGAGGCAGCUCUGCGCAGGCGCAAGGGUCUCACCAGGACCCCAGAGCUGGAGCCCUCCCCAGCCCCCCAGGAUCCCCUGAACUGGUUUGGAAUCCUAGUUCCUCACAGUCUCCGGCAGGCCCAAGCCAGCUUCCAGGAGGGCCUGCAACUGGCUAUAGACAUGGCCAACCUUCAGAUCUGCAUCAUUUGGGGUCGAAGCCAGCUCCAGGGGCUACAGGAGAAACUUAAAAACCUGGAGCUUGGGGAUGCCUAACCUGGACCACAGAGGCAGGACAGCAAGCAGUUCUUCCUGUGGCUGCCUUACCUUGGGCCUUCCUUUUCAGAUGGCCCUGCCUCAGCUAAUCCCCCCUCCUUAAAAUAUCUCUGGUCUGCAUGUUUCCAACUUUUGUUAGGUAUGAAAGUUUGAAGAGGCAAACUGAGUAAUGUUGAAAGUCACUACUGUGAAACCACUUCUAGAAGCUUGUGUUUUUCUAGGACACAUUCAUGUGGGACAGGUGCAAAGCCAUUAAGUUAGUUCAUAUUAGUGAACAGCCAGCACAUCAUGGAUAGAUCAGCUGUGGUUUCAUUACAGGAUGAAAUACUGCACACCUAGUGGCAGGGAAGGACAAAAAAUAGUGCUUAAGUUUCACGAAAUCCUCCAAACAGAUUUUAAUGAAGAGAAAAAUCAUACACGGAUGAGUCCACAUCAAUAAAAACACAUCUGAGUAGAUGGGUAGCCCUUGGCAGAUUUUAACCCAGAAAGUAAAAAAGAUAUGACUUAGAUUUUUAAGGGAACUCUGAGACCUUUCAGGUUUUUAAAAACCUGCCUUUAUAUUUUCAGAAGUGAAACCCAGCCUCUCAAUUUGUUUGAAGGGCCAGUUGUAUUUCCUGUACUGGGAACUCUGUCCUGCUUAAUUUUCUUAUUGUUUGUUGAUAUUUUUAGCAGGAGCUAAUUUUUGUAUUUGAGGGAAAUUAGUUCUUUGUUCAUAACAUGAGGUGUAAAUGUGUUUACCCAGUUUGUCUUAACUUUGUUUAUGGUGGUGUUUUUUUUAACAAUUUUAUUGAAAAUUAAAAUACAUUAAACUGUAUGAAAAUUGAACAAUUUAAUGAAUAGGGUGAGAGCUAGUUUUUUUUUCUUAGUCAUUUUUUUCUAAAUAAACUUGAAUUUAUCAACCAG